CUCUACUAUGGAGAAGACAGUGCUAAUACAGCUGAUCCUGCUGAGCCUGGUGGUUGGGAGCUGCCAAGGGUGCUACUGCGAACAUUAUCCAUGGGGGUCAUGGUCCAGCUGUUCAAAAACCUGCAAUUAUGGCACGCAGACAAGGCACAGGCAAAUAAAAAUGGAUGAAUAUUAUAACCAGAACUUCUGUGACCAGCUGUGCAGCAAGCAGGAAUCUCGUGUGUGUAACCAACAGACCUGCCCUAUCAACUGCCAACUUGGAGACUUUGGCUCUUGGUCAGAAUGUGACCCAUGCAUUAAAAAACAAUUUCGUGUCCGGAAACUCCUGCGGCCAUCUCAGUUUGGAGGCCAGCCCUGCACCGAACCACUGGUGCAAUCCCGACCGUGCUUUCCAGCUAAGCUCUGCAACAUUGUGGAUAUGGACUGCAAGAAUAAAUUCCAGUGUGAAAAUGGUCGCUGUAUUGCAAAAAAAUUGGAAUGCAAUGGAGAAAAUGAUUGUGGGGACAACUCUGAUGAAAGUCAUUGUGGGAGGAAAAAGAUGGUGUGUAGCAGAAAGUUUGAGAGCAUCCCAGGUGUUCAUUUAAUCGGCAGUGGAUUUCACAUUUUGUCAGGAGAGAGCCGAGGGGAAGUCCUUGGCAACUCGUUCAAUGGAGGAGAAUGCAAAACAGUGAGACGCAAUGAGACAAGGAAAUUAUAUCGUGUGCCUGCAAAUCUGGAGGCUGUCAGCUUUCAGGUAAUAGAUGAAGAGGAUGAUGUAAAAUCAGAUUUCUACAGGGAUUUAACGCCUCUGAGUGACGGAGAUGUGGGAACUGGUACAUCCUCUCAUUCAUCUCAGAGAAGAUCUGGCAUACCGGGUCUAUUCUCAAAAAAGAGAAAAGUUCAAGUCACAUCACAUUCCUCCUUCAAGAAAGCCAUUGAAGCCUCACAUGAAAAGAAUUCCAACUUUAUUAGAGUCCAUAAAGUCAUCUCUGUUGCAAACUUCACAAUGAAAGAGUCAGAUCUGCAGCUCUCAGAUGUCUUUCUAAAAGCACUAAACCAGCUGCCCCUGGAGUACAACUAUGCUUUAUACAGCAGAAUAUUUGAUGACUUUGGCACUCAUUACUACACCUCAGGAAGGAUGGGUGGUUCUUACGACAUUCUUUACCAAUAUAGUUCCGAGGAAUUGAAGAACUCAGGUCUGUCAGUGGAUGAAUCAAUGGAGUGUAUUCGAACAGAAACAACGAGGCGUGUGUUUUUCCGAAAGAAGAAGAAAGUCAGUACUGAAUGCGUCACAAACAAGAUGACUGUGAAACAUGAAGGUUCCAUUUUGGAGUCAGCAGAACGGUCAGUCUCACUGGUCAAAGGUGGCAGAUCAGAGUACGCUGCUGCUCUGGCCUGGGAGAAAAAGGGGGCUUUUCCAGGGAACACAAUCUUUACAAACUGGCUGGAAUCGACCAAGGACAAUCCUGUGGUAAUUGACUUUGAGGUGUCGUCCAUUGUGGAUCUGGUGAAGAACAUGCCUUGUGCUGUGACCAGGCGACGCAACCUCAGAAGGGCCCUGGGGGAAUAUGUAGGCAGGUUUGACUCAUGUCAGUGUGCCCCGUGCCCUAACAAUGGCAGGCCUGUGCUUUCUGGGACAGAGUGCCUCUGCUUGUGCCAGGCUGGCACCUACGGCACAAACUGUGAGAUCCGAGCUCCAGGGUAUGAGUCAGUUGCUGUAGAUGGUCGCUGGGGUUGCUGGUCUGAAUGGAGCUCAUGUGAUGCUACUUUCAAGAGAAGAAGGACCCGGGAGUGUAACAACCCAUCCCCAAUGAAUGGUGGAAAACCUUGCAAGGGUGAACAGGAAGAAGAGGAGGACUGUUAUGUCUCUGUGUUCAUGGACAAAGGAGCUCCUUGUAUUAAUGAUGAUGAAGCAAAAAGAGAAGAGGAUAUUGUGAUUGGUGAGCUUGAGACUGGAUGCUCCAGGCCAGAACCCCCAGAAAAUGGGUUCAUAAGGAAUGAAAAGAACCAGUAUGCAGUGGGAGAAGAAGCUGAAAUUGCCUGUGUAAGUGGUCAUGUCCUCAGUGGCUAUCAGUUCCUUCGAUGUUUGCCUGAUCAAACUUGGACACAACAACCUAUUGAAUGCCAACCCUCUUUAUGCCUGAGGCCACCAACAUCUGACAGUGUUGAAAUUUCCCCAUUCAAGCAACACUACAAAAUUGGUGAAACCGUGAAGCUAAGCUGUCGAGCUGGGUUUGUAGUCACUGGUCAAACACAGUAUACUUGUGAAGAAGACCUGUCCUGGUUUCCUUCUAUUCUGAGGUCUAUUACAUGUGAAAAAGAUGAGCAAACUAAGAUUAGAGGAUUUUGCAAUCCAGGACAAAAACAGGUUGGGUCUGAGUGUGUUUGUAUGAAUCCAGAAGAGGACUGUGGCCACUACUCAGAAGACAUCUGUGUGCUACAUGCUCUUUCCGAACAGCAUGUGACGAAGCCCAGCUGUCAGUUUUCAGCUGAAAAGUGCCUUGGAGAGCAGUCAUUUCACUUCUUGCAUGCUGGUCCUUGCCACAGUAGUUCCAACUUACACUGGGCUAUUGAAAGGGCAAAGCUCUCUGCAAAAAGCUUGAAGAAAGUGCCCUGUGGCUAUGACACCUGCUAUGACUGGGAGGAAUGUCCAGAAUCACAGAUGCAGUGCUCCUGCCUAAUGCCUUACCAGUGCCCCAGAGAAGAGAGCCAGCUUCACUGCAUCCGAAUGGAGUCAACAGGGAGAAGGAAGACAGUCAGUCACUGUGUGCUGGCAGCCAUGAAGUGUGCUGGCAUCAGACUGGAGGUGCUGGAGGAGGGGAGCUGCCUGGGGUAAAUCAGUGGCUCUCCCAGUGGCCACCACUGUCAUCCCACCACAAUGGGGUAAACCACUAUAGGGAAAACUCAACUGGUUAUAAAAGGACAAAUGAACUCAAGAAGGAUGCAAUAAUAAUAAUUUUAAAAAUGAGCUAAUUUAGUGGAAGAAGAGUGGCAGUGGGACUUUUAUUUCAGUUUGAAAAUGACUUGAAUGUAGGGUAUAAGAACUGCUAUUGUUGUCAAUAUUUCUGCGUGGACAGAGGGAGGGAAGGGAGAAAAUAGGAAAAGAGAAAGGAGAGCUUUGCCUCUGGUCUCUCUGGUGUUGGACAACACUCUUCCUUUCCUCAGCCAUUUGUUUCUCUGUCCCUUCUCUGGCAACUGCUCUGCAUCCUGGUUGUCUUACUGGCUGAGAGCCCACUGGGCAUUUCAACA